AAUGGAGGUGAUUCACCUGCAGAAGGAAAUGCUGACAGUGACAAGGAAGUUGACAAGGCGAGCAGAAAUGAACUCUGCCAACAUCAAACAAAUGACAGAGAAACUGGAAGAGAGUACAGAAAUCUUUGCAAAAUGGAUUGAUAAUAUAGAUCAUAAGGUUAGCGAUAGUGAAGUAAUACUUAAGACUUUUGUGAAUGUAACAGCCAAACUACAGGACUUAGAGUUAGCCAUUAUGUUAAGUUUAAGUGACUUGAAUAAUUUGUUAGCCGCUCUUGAAAAGGUGUCACAGGGUAAAUUAAGUGUUGGCUUGAUAUCUCCUUCAGAGAUGAGAGCUUUGCUUGUAAGGGUUCGCUCAAGUUUACCACAGGAACUGGGGCUGAUCGCGGGUGCAGAGGUGGCUUACCCAUACUACCAGGCUGCACAGACACGAGCCAUGUCCAUCUUAGGUUCAAUCAAAGUGUUUGUAGAUCUUCCUUUAACAGCAGCAGGUAGACGCUUUACCUUGUUUCACGCGCAUGCACUACCAGUUUAUGAUCCUGUGACCAAUUUAGCGACCCGGUUCCAUCUGGAUGGAGAGUUGUUACUACUGAGUGAGGACCAGCAGCGGUAUGCCGAACCAGACACCAAAUACCUGGCCAGGUGUUCUUCAGGAGAACCGACCAUCUGCCCAGCUGAACUGACCAUCUUCAAGAGACAUCAUCUAUCCUGUUUGAGUGCCCUAACUGCUAUCCUGGGCACUCCACCUGAUACCUGGGUGUGGGACAUCCCACGACAGACCUGGGUCUACAGCAUCCAAGGAGAGAGACGUCUCAACUCACAUUGUCGCCAUGGCGGCAAAUCAGAAGUCACACACACCAUAAUCCAUGGGCUCAGGGAGGCGAAGGCACAUGCUGGGUGCAUGAUGUCCACCGAUCAUUACGAACUGCUGCCAGCAACCUGGCAGGUGGGCAAGGUGCACCUGGACAAGUGGAUAAACACCUCGACUGCACCUACUGCUUUGAUCCUGACCACUCAAGGCCAGCCAAGCACCAAGGAGGUGCAACACCUGCUGCAACAAGUGAUGCGGAGAGGUUCAUACUGGCAAGGGCCAGCUGGACUGCUUGAGGUGCCAUUUGAGGAAUUCCAACAACAACUGGAGAGGUGGGACCAGGAACAGAACAAUGGUUCCAGAACAGCAUGGGGGCUGAUUCUUGGAGGAGGCGCACUGGUGGCAACCUUCCUGGCCGCCAUCUUUAUGAGACGACAUCUACACAGAGGCCUUGGAGUUCAAAGCCAGACUGGGGUGGAGGGAUCUGCCAAGGAUGACAUCGCUGCGGCCACACCGCCUGGUGGUGCACCUAACACCUCAGUGGAGGUAAUUGUGAGGCAGCUGAGGGAAUCCCAGCUGCAGGAUGACCACAUCUGA